UGUGUGCCGUUGCAUGCCCCUAGGUAGAUCUCAUUCUGCUCUUCGGCUCCCGUUCUUUCUCUUUCUCUCUCUCUCUCUCACUAUCUUCAUUAGCCCCACCUUCACGGACUCGACUUCAACUCUUGAUUCUUCAUUUUUCGGGUUUCGGGUUUCGUCAUCACAUCGCAUUUAGUUACUUGGCGUCUGCAUUCGUCAUUGGUUUACUCUAGAUACCUACCUAGGCGCAGCCACACCCCCCACAGCCCACAGGUUCUACACGGAACGGAGAAACGUGCCCAGUGCAUGGCAGCUCUCGAAACCCCCUGGACGACGUCGGACGACCGCCAUCACCACCACACGCAGCACUACCAGCAGCACUACAGCCGCGAAGCCGAAGCCGAAGCCGGCCCCAUGUCGCCCACCGACCCAUCUUCGAGCAACAGCAACAACACCACUACUGCCACCACCACGAGCAGCAGUGCCGAGCACUCCUACCACCCGCCGACGGUAGCCGCGUUCUCCCCCUCCUUCGCCGCGCCCGCCCGCCGCAGCACACUACAAGUGCACCAGAAAUCCCCGCUGUUAGUCGCGACGCCGCCGCAGGUGACGCGCGCCCUCAGCCGCGCAUACCCAUGGAUCAAGACGUUGGACUACACGCUGGGGCUGGUGACGUGGACGACGGGGGAUCCGUGGGAAUCGUUCUUGCUGGUGGCGUUUUUUUGGGGCGUGGCGCUGUAUGGCGGGUGGCUGCUAAGGUGGGUCGGGAAUGUUGUCACCGUGGGAGUCAUCAUCGUCGCCAUGUUUGCACGGCGGUAUAAGAAGGAGGAGACUACGACGCUGGAUGAAAUACUCGCGGCGCUGAACUCUCUUAAUAUGCGCGUCGACGUGUUUAUGGCCCCGUGUCUCGCCCUGCUCGAUGUGCUGUCGACGGAGAAGAGCGCGACUACCGUCACCACUAGGCCCGCGCUCACGACGCUGUUCAUAAGGAUCCUCCUCCUCACCCCCGUCUGGCUGUUCGUCAGCGUCUACCCGCUGCAGAUCCUGACGCCGCGCCGCAUCGUCAUCUUCUCCGGCACGCUAUUCCUCAGCUGGCACUCGCGGCCCGCGAAGGUCUCACGAACGAUCCUCUGGCGCUCCAGCACCCUGCGGCGACUCAGCGAGCAAAUAACGGGUUUGUCGCUUACACCGCAGCCUCUGCUGCCCCCACUCCCACCGCGCGACGGCUUUACCGCCACCGCCGACGCUGCCCCCACCACCGCAGACCGCCCCACGCCGCUCAACGCAACCACCGCCGCCGCCUCCCCGGGGGUGAAGUUCACCUUCGCGAUUUACGAGAACCAGCGGCGCUGGCUGGGCGUGGGCUGGACCAGCACGCUGUUCGCGUACGAGCGCGCCGCGUGGACCGACGAGCACCUGCAGGCGUGUCCGCCGCCGCACGAGUUCGCGCUGCCCGCGACGACGCGGGGCUCCGGUGUUGCGUGGCGAUGGGUUUCGGGCGAGGAGUGGGUUGUCGAGGGUGCGGCAGGUGAACAGGGUGGAAGGAGCCGUGCGAAACAGGAGGUGAAGGAUCGCCUGGGCGGCGCGGGGGAGCAGGGUGAGGGCUGGUGGUACUAUGAUAAUAAGUGGCGUGAUGGGAGACGCGGCGUCGAUGGCUGGGGGAAGUAUACGCGCAGAAGGAAGUGGACACGCCGCGCGGAACUGGUCGAGGCGGACCUGGUCGAGCAGGUGGUCGGCGAGGUGCCUGCGCCCGCGCCGCCGCUGGUCGAGGAGAAGAGGGAGGCGGUCGAGUUGGAGGCACCGGAGGCGAAUGGUAACGGGAGUGCGAAGAGAACGCCCCCGCCACUACCGCCCCGCCCCCCGCCGACUGCUCGAGACGCCGAGGUGCAGGAUGAGGAUCCGUAUGAUAGUGCCGCAAGCGACUAUGGCGACGAUGAUGAUGCCGCGCAUAGGAGGCAGGUUAGGCUGGUGGAUCCUGAUGGCGGGGUGCUGGCUGAGGGGAGGUAG